UAGUUCCCCACACAUCCCACCACACCCCACUACCAGCACAUUCUCGUGUUGCAACUGUCGACAAACUUUGCAACUGUCGACAAACAAAUCUCUGUUUAAUCAACCGGAGACGAAAAAAAAAUUCAACAGCAUAUUAGCGAGCAAAUUUAGGAAGCUUGAUUACUCUCGUUGAUUAGAUUUCUUUGAUUAAAAUAAAUGAACACGAUAGUUGAUAGUCUCCUGUGUUGAUCUUCGAGAUAACAAAAAAUAGAAACUCAUUGAAUUGAUGAAAGUGGAUGUUUUUUUGUAGAAUCAACUGUUCAAAAAGCAGCGAAAGUCCUGGUAUAGUUUUGUCAAGCUUUGGAACAUUGAUAUUAAUUUUCUGACCUGGGAUGAGAGGCGUACUGUGAAGAACUUCACUGAGCAAAUAGGCCCAAAAGUGACGUAACAACAAACGAAAACGAUACGAAAAGGGAAAAAAAAGAACAACUGUGAAAAUAGAAAGAUAAACAAGGAGGGGGCGCUUUCGACCACAGAAAACAGCCUAGCCCCCCGGAGGAAACAUGAGGCGAUGAUUGUGUCGGUAUAAAAGGACGUGUCAAUUGUGUCCCCUCUCCCCCUGUCCUUCCUUCCACUGACCGGCUCACUCACUCACGGGCGGCCCACUGUGUGCACGUACAUCUCGCUCACGCACACACGUAUCUACCGACAGCAUGCUGCUCACCCUUGUGUUCCUCACCUGUCUCGCCUGUGUCCCCCUUCACGGUGCUCCUGUCCUCAAGACGGAGAGAGCCGCAGCGCUCCCUGGCGGUGACACAUCCUUGUCUCACGCAGCCACAACAUCCUCUCCCUCUGUGCUGGCAGUCCCGGAGUCGUCUGUGCAGGGUGGAGACUCGAACCUUGAACCUUUUGAACAGUCCCUGUCUUCGGCCAUAAACAAGGACGACAGUAAUAAAGAUCAUUAUGAUGAUGAUGACGACGAUGACGAUGAGGAUGCAUUUCUCGUUGACGCGCAUGAUCCUGAAGGCACGGAUUUCUCAUACUCACAUUCGCCAUCUAGUCUUGAGGCUGAUAGAUCUUUGGCAGAAACAUCUUCAUCACCUGAUACAGAUUGGGGAAAUCCCUCAGAUUACGGACUCGCUACCUCUGGUGCAGAGACAGUCGCUAGACAACACAGCACGUCACACUUCUCGUGGGACCCGAAAAAUGAAAUGCAGUCUCGAGGACGAGCGAGGGCAAACUUCCCGGACCUUUCUCGAAGCCACGGCGCCAGUCUGAGAGCGGGGCGGGGCUCGGUGGUUCAGCUGGCCGCCUCAGAUACACACCGCGGGGGGCCGACUAGGUCUGAGUCCAGGGCCGGAGCUCUGAGAGCCCAGCUCGGUUCCCACCACCUGAGAAAGCGAAGCUUCGACUCCAUCGCUCACAGCCCGGGUGUGGCUGGUCUAGAGCAGAACUUCCUGGGUCAUGUGACGACCAGAGCCAGGCAGCGCAUGCCCGCGUACAACCAUCUCGUCGCCGGGUUCUACAAUCCCAUCUGGAAGAGGCGGGCAGACGUCAGUGAAGGCGAGGACAGCGGGGAAAUGUAUACAGAUUGGGCGGACGAUUUCAAAGAGCAGGACGAAGAUAGAGAAGACAAAAACAACACCCCAGAGGAAAACGGUGAUAAAAAUCUCGGACUUGUUCAAGAAGGCGAAGACGAAGAAAACGGAAGUGAUCAGACAAAUCCCGCUGUUUAUUCUGGACAUUUCAGACACGGACAUAAUCAGCGCCCUGACCUUGACUCCGUUUCGCAAAUAGAUCUGGAUUUUCCCGAUGUCCGCACAAGUGAACGGCAACUGUCUGGCUUCCCCCACUCUCUCAGAGAUAUCUUCCCCGGUCUAGAAGAAUCUGCCAUCCUUAAUAGAAACGCUGGUUCAUUGCGAAACAUUCUGACAAAGCGUCAAUUGGAUUCUAUUUCCCGAAGCCCCAUAGGAGGUAUGGAACAAAACUUUUUGGACAAACGUCGGGGGGAAAUGACCGUUGGGCAGUUCGUGGACAUUCUUCGUGACGUGCUCCGGAACUAUGGCGCCCUCCCCAGAGACUGGACGGCGCCCCGGGCGAGACUGGGCCCCAGCUACCCCGGGAAGAGGGGCUUCGACUCCAUCAAUGACGGGACGUUUCACGGGAUGGAGCAAAACUUUUUGCCCAAGAGAGUCCGGCCACCAUACCUGACCUACGGUGACGUCAUCAGAAUGACCAGACCAUUUGCUGCGGGGACGAGUUAUUUCGGAUCACGCCUGGGUCGACCUGCGUACACUGGGGCUGUCUGGCCCGAUCAUCUGAAACAACUUUCAGCAAACCGGCGGUUAAACGAAGUAUGGAAAGAGCUAUCGCCUACGAACAAAUUUGUCCAUACUCAAAGACCUACAAAUUGGAAAGGCCGUCAACAAAAGCGUACCUUUGAUUCCAUCGGCGAGGGAAACAUGCAAGGAAUGGAGCAGAACUUUCUCUCCAAGCGGACAUUUGACUCGAUAUCGCGGAGCCUGUUCCACGGAAUUGAGCAAAACUAUCUCGGUGACAAGAGAGCGUACGGUUCCUUCAACGACCAGGGUUUUCUCGGGAUGGGUCGGAACUUGUUCUCAGGCUGACUCGCCACAAGUCUCCUAGUCCAACGUUUACAGUUGACACGGGGCCGAGAAAUGAAGAUGGAUUUUCUUUUACUUUUAUAAGGCUUCACUUCGUGGACAUUUGUGCAGUCACAAGAAAACGAAUACGUCAAUUUCGAUGGAAUUUUAGACUUGGUCAAUUCAUAAAAGAUUGUUUACUUCAGUGCAAAUAUCUAACUUUGUUCUUAGCUUUUGUUCUUCGGGAUUCGCCGUUUUUGUUUCAUUUGAACAAACCCAAAAAUUAGGAUUUGUACUUACCUCAUUUUUUGUGUGACCGUUUUUCCAAACAAAUCUAAAUUUUUACAACUCAGGAUUUUCUAAAAAUCUGCUCACUCGAGUAAAUUUCUGUCCGUCUUAUUAGUUCUCCGGUUUAUAUAGCCAACACGCUUUUUGUCACCAAGGGAAAACAGCAGAGAGAGAAAAAACAAGAUAAUGUUUCAACAGUUUAAAAAAAUGAAUAAAAUAAA